UUUUAGUUGCACUUAAAAGGAAUUUAUGGGUCUAUUGAAGAAGUCGAUGUCUUGGUGAAGUUUGUUAACAGUUGUGUAAAAGUAAAAUGAUGUAUAUUAUGUACUGCGACAAUUAUUUAAUACAAUUGAUAAUACUAUCAAUAAUAAUUAACAUUACAUCGGCAUUAUCAGUAAUCGAUGUAAUUACAUUUUUUCCAAACUCAUUCGCCGAUGUACCAUCAUCUUUGAAUGAUAAUGUUAUUGAUUAUAAUCCAGACGUUGAUUUGCCUGCGGAAGAUAUGAUAAAAAGAGCUGGAUAUUCUGCAGAAGUUCAUGUAGUGGAAACUGAUGAUGGAUAUUUAUUGUCUUUACAUCGUAUCCCCGGGAAACCUGGUGCAAAACCGAUUUUCUUACAACAUGGGUUACUGGGUAGUUCUGCGGACUGGAUUAUUCCUGGCAAAGGACAUUCAUUAGCAUAUUUAUUGUCGGAUGUUGGAUACGAUGUCUGGUUAGGAAAUAUACGCGGUAAUACAUAUUCACGCGCUCAUAUAAAUUUAUCACCCCAUGAUUCGCAAUUUUGGAAUUUCAGCUUUCAUGAAAUGGGAAUUUAUGACGUACCGGCUGCAGUUUCUUAUAUCGUAGAGAAAACAAACAUGUCUUUAGUUUACAUUGGGCAUUCAAUGGGGACAACAAUGGGAUACGUGAUGGCAUCUGAGCGGCCUGAAAUAGCAGAAAAAAUAAAAGUUAUGAUCAGUUUGGCUCCUAUUGGAUUUAUGAGUCAUUUAAAAAGCCCCGUGAGAAUUGUAGCACCUUUUGCAAAUGAUAUUAAAUUAGUAGCGCAUUUUCUAGGAGUUGAUGAAUUUCUUCCUCAAAAUAUUUUUAUAAAAUAUCUAGCCAAGUAUGGCUGUGAAUUGGUUACCAUUGAAAAAGAAAUCUGUAAAAAUUCAAUAUUUGCAAUUAGUGGAUUUGACGAUGCACAAUUUAAUCAAACCUGGUUACCAGUUAUAUUGAGUCAUACACCAGCAGGCGCGUCAACAAAAACUAUGGUUCAUUACGCUCAAGAAAUAGUAUCCGGGCGAUUUCAACAGUAUGAUUAUGGAGCAAAAAAAAAUUUUGAGCUUUAUAAUUCAACUUAUCCACCGGAAUAUAAUUUAAGUAAAAUUCAAGUACCCAUUGUAUUUUUUUACGCUGAUAAUGAUUGGCUAGCUGCUCCAGAGGAUGUUCAGAAUCUUUAUUCAAAAUUACCAAGAACAUACGGUUUACACAGGAUUAAUUUUACAAAAUUUAAUCAUUUAGACUUUUUAUGGGGAAUCGAUGCAAAGCAAUUACUCUACAACGACAUAAUAGAUCUGAUAAAUAAAUAUGAUAAUUUAUUAUUGUUUUAAAUACUCAACAGUUUAAUUAUGAAGAUAAGCUUGCUUACAAUUGCAAGUUUAAAAUUUUUAUAUUUUUACAUUUUUUCAAACACCUUACGUAUAAUAAACCUGUUUACUUCAA